GGCGGAUGCCACCGUGGUCGGUGUUUCGCGUCAGGGCGCUGCAUGGUCAUGGCUGAGCGCUGGUAGAUCAGCUAUGGCGACUUUCGGAGAUCUAAACGCGGCGUUGUUGUUUUUAGGAGCGGAGUUUAGCUAGCUGAUGUUCCCUAACGCGGGGACUAUUCCCCCUACCUUUAGUUUGAAUAUCCAGCUGCUUUUCUCCACGCACAGUUUUACUUCUUUUUUUUUUCUCUUUAAAAUGAAGAGGGUAAACAGCUUCCAGAGGUUCAUGAACAGCAGAGCUGCAGCUAACUGCCGGUACCAGCCCACAUGCUAUGAGCAUGCAGCCAACUGCUACACUCAUGCGCUCCUGAUUGUGCCUGCGAUCGUGGGUAUGGCUCUGCUUCAUCGGCUGUCAGAUGACCGCUGGGAGCGAAUCACGGCGUGGGUUUACGGCAUGGGUCUCUGUGCACUUUUCCUCAUCUCCACUGCCUUCCACAUCAUCACCUGGAAAAAGAGCCACAUGAGAACCGUGGAGCACUGCUUUCACAUGUGUGACCGUGUAGUCAUCUACUUCUUUAUUGCUGCCUCCUACACACCAUGGUUAAUCCUGAGGGAGCUGGGGCCUCUGGCGUCUCACAUGCGCUGGUUUGUGUGGCUCAUGGCUGCUGCAGGAACAAUGUAUGUGUUCAACUACCACGAAAAGUAUAAACUUGUCGAGCUGGCCUUCUACUUAACUAUGGGUUUUUCUCCAGCUCUGGUGGUGACCUCAAUGAGCAAUACGGAUGGUCUGUAUGAGUUGGCAUUUGGGGGCCUCAUCUACUGCCUGGGUGUGGUCUUCUUCAAAUCUGAUGGUGUGAUCCCUUUUGCUCACGCUAUUUGGCACAUCUUUGUUGCCAUGGCUGCAGCCGUGCAUUACUACGCUAUCUGGAAAUACCUCUACAGAAGCUCACCCAGCGAUGACAUCAGAGACGCCUGAACAUUAAUCUUUCAGCUUUUCCUCCUUUUUCAGCACACACACCCUGUACUCUGGUCCUAUAGCUCUCUCUGAGGAGGGUUUUUCUCCUGCUAGAGCAUAAGCUAGUGAAGUUUACGAAUUACAUCGUGUUGUUUACUGUUUUCUAAUAAGCUUGAGAACUGUGUGUGUGUGUGUGAGACUGCACACACUUCUACACUCAGCUCAUAGCUUGGCAGGUCUUGUGUGUUUCUGAAGAAAAAAAAAAAAAAGUAAAAGCUUUCGCUUUCCUUCUGUGAGUCCAGAGCAGCAUUGAGCAGGCUGAAUGUCUUUUCUGUCUGUGAUCUGAUUAUUUUUCCUUUUCUUUUCCAUCACAUUGCUACAUAUGUCAUGGUGUUUCAGAAGUGAUCACACAUGUUCACAUUCCUCUUUUUCAGCAGCGGUUAUCUGCCAUCAUUAAGGUUUAUGGAUCUGAUCAGGAUGAACUUUUGCAUUGCAGUGAAUAUUUUUCCACAAUUCCAGUAGUCAAUUUUCCACUCUUUUCCACAGGUGUUUUAGAUACUCAGCAGUAUUUUUGAGAAACAAGCAUUUUUGUAACUCAGAGAUCCAUGUUUUUGUGUUUUCACAUAGUUUAUUAGUGACCUCUGAGAGCCCAUCUGUUACUGUAAGCCGUUCAGAAGCUGAAUCUGCACUGUGAGAGCAGAAAUGUGAAGCAGCUGUUCAGGCAGCGUUUUUAGUAGAGCUACUGAGAGCACUGUGGUCUAGCAGAAAUGUUCCAUAUAGUGCAAAUGGGGAAUCACAAUCAGGAUUUAUUCUUCAUAACUGAGCUUUUUACAAGGUUGGGUAUUAAUCUUUAAACUAAGCACAGUUCAGUUCAAUUAAGCCAAUACUUGUGGUGAAACUAGUGUCAUUUUAAAACAAGUUUUUCUACACUUGUUUUUGUAAGUUUUACUUUUUUGAAAGGUCAUUUUGCACAUUUAAAGCAUUUAUAUCUUACAAUAGGCACAAGUAUCAACCAGUAAAAUUAAACAAUUUCUCUAAACAAGUAUAAAUAGAAAAACAAGGAAUAUUCUUACAACCACAUUGGAAUCAGACAUUUCACAAGAUGCAUCUCCGUAGAGCAUGAACGUUACUAUUUACACCUGAAACAUCAACAGUACAUGAGUAUUUAUUCAGUAAAACACUUGCAUAUGUCUAUUGUUUUUCAUGAGCUAAACCAGUAAUGUCUCUCCUCUGCUCAGAUUGUAUGCAUUGUUUUAUUGCUGUUUGCUUUCUGGUGACCUCAAGACAGUAUUUAUUUAUUUAUUUUCUGUCCUGGUGAAGGUCCAGGCUCCUUGACCCGUUUGUCCAGUGUGCCGUUCUGAGAAAAAUCACUAUGAUUCCCAUAAUGCUCUUUUCUGUGAGAUCAUGAGAAUUUGUAUUAGUAUUUUCAUUCCCAAUAACUUUUCUGGAUUUGUUUCUUUGUAUCUUGCUGACUUGCUGCUGUGCUCCUGACUCCUGGAUCACUGUGUGGAUUUUCCAAGGCUUCUGCACAAGCGUGUCUGAGAGCUUGUUUGUUCUUCUGCUCUAAGCUCAAUUCAUUGUGUUUCAGUAAAUUCUGGCCUCAUUUUAGAAAGAAGUAUGUGAUCGAGACAGACCUGGUCUUAGUAACUCUUUGGACAUUUGUGAGCUUUGUAUUUUGUUCUGGCACAUGCUUCAGUAACGGCCUCCUGCACCGCCGACUCAUUAUCCUCCUGAUCCGGCCAGUGUUUGGUGCUGUACAUGACAGAUGCUUGUGUCUGAUUCUUAACAUGUAUUAAUAAAUGAUGACGCUUUAACACA